UUCCUUACAAACUUCAGUUUUACAAGAUUGUGACACUAGAAAAUGACAGCAUACAUUAUUUUAUUACAAGGGGAAAAUAUAAGAUUGUCAUUGUAUGUUCCUAGAAUUUUCUAAUACGUAAUUAACUAUGGUCAAAAUUGUGAAAAUACUAAUAAACUCCAAGGGCAUUAUCACAAAUUGCCUUAUAAAAGCAAAGGGAUGCAGCCAACUAAAUUGUUGAUUCCUUUGCGUCUAAAAAAAACACUACUCGUAUUUCAGACCGAGGAAACUUAGACGAACAAACAGAAAACUAACACAACCACAAAGAAGAUGACCAAGUUUUGCGCCAACUGCGAUCACAACAUCCUUGUGAUGUUGCUUGCAGCUCUGAUAUUUGCUUCGGUGAUAGUCAACUCUCAAUGCCGCCCUGUCGCCAGUAAUGAAAUCAAAGAAGAAGAAGAUGAUGAUGAAAGUCUUGAGAUGAAGUGGGUACUCGAGAUGUCGAGCAGAGAUGAGAUGGUGCAAAUGGCUGGGUAUGGCGAGGAAAAACUCUCCACCGUUCUAAUCACAGGCUCUGUUAUCUGCUAUGAAGCUUGUUUAGCAGCUAAACAUGGCAACCACCACCAACUUAAGCUUCCCCCACAGCCUAUCUCAGGGGCCUUGGUUGGAGCAGAAUGUCAAGCCAACAAGAAAGUCAAAAGUCCUAGUUGGGCUAAAACUGUUACCGACGAAUAUGGAGAGUUCAUGAUUGAACUUCCCUCCAAUCUUCAUGGGAUCCCAAACUUGGACAAGAAGUGCUCAGUUAAGAUUCUAGAGCUACCUAAGGAUUCCCCUUGCCAUCUAUCAACUGUAAAAAACAAAGAAAUCAAGCUCUCUUCUGUCGGAAAUGGAAUCCGUACAUAUACAACAGGAAAGAUAGAACUUCUGAAUAUAAUGCCUGAGAAAUCAGAAGCUUGCAUGAAAGGACAAAAGGAUGAUCAGGGGAUGUCAUGGUAGGUGGCAUUUCAAAGUACAAUACUGAUGAUUGAGAGAAAAGGUAUAAUGGCUCACUCGGAUGGCGCUGCAGUCACAGCAAUGAGUCCCAGGUUUCAAUACCACCAACUCAGUUACUUGAAGUGAAAAAACAGCAAAGUACAACUACAAUUUUUGAAGGGAAAAAAAGAUGAAAAAAAAAUAUAUAUACUUUGUAUACCACUAUGUAUAUUACAUGUAUAUAGAUGUAAUUUUGUUGUAACUUUUGGUGAUGUGUCCUACAUAUCAUAGUGGAUUGUCAUGAGAGCCUUGUAUUAACACA